CAAAUUUAUACCAACUUUCAGAUUUGGUGAGAGUUACCACUCAAUACUGCUGAUACUGUUCUUUUAGAUGAAAACUCAAAUGAUCCUGACACUUCAACAGUAAAUAAACACAGACUCUUUUAGAAUGUUUAUGCUUGAAACAGAGAAAUGCUGCAGCCAACAGUUUGAAGAAGAAAGGUUAAUCCAUAAAGAUAUUUCUCCCCUAAGAGAGACUUCCUCCAUUUUACUCAGCAGAUCAAAAUGGCAACAGACAUUUUGAAGGAGCAAUACAACAACCUGCAGAAGGAAAAUGACCACUAUAAGAAGCUCAUCAGCCAGCAGAGGGAUCAUUUGGUCUCUCUGGAUCAGGAGAUAACAGCGGUGGAGAGCAGGAUUCAGCAAAAGUUAACAGUCCCAGGAGGCAUCUUCAAACAACAAGGGAAACACAGCCACCACAAGAAACACAUCCGCAGCUUGGAAAACAAGCUCAACCAGGUCACUAUUAAGUUUGAUGAGAUACUCUGCAGCAACAUGGAUUAUCGCAAAGACAUUGCUCACCUGCUGCAGCAGAAAGACUUAGGGUGCAAAAUCAAAAAUAAUUUUGACAGACAGAUAGCCUCACAGCAAAGCAUGAUGGAGAAACUGGGGUCGAAGCGCACCCUCGCUUUCCGCCAGAGGUCAGAGGCUGAGAGCCGAAUACUGGAGGUGAGGAAGUGCAUCGAGGUGGAGAGUAAUCACUUCAUUAGGAGACAGAUGCAGCUGAAGAUUGUCAUCGACCAUGACGCCAAAUUGCAUUCAUUCAUGGAGAGGAAACUCCAGGAAAUUAUUCCUUUGGAAGACGAUGAAGACUACAAGAAGAAAAGUGCAGAGAAACAGCAGCAAAAUCAGAAUGCAGCGAAUAUGCUGGAGAUGUACAUGCAGGGACACAAUACGCUAGUAGAAGUCAUCGGAGAAAGAGACCUGCGUCAGAUAAGUCAAGUGUUCAUGGAGAAAGAACAGAAGAAUUUUUCUCAUAUCGGGUACAUCAACGAGCUACACAACAAAAGGAACAUAAUGAAGAACCGCACAAACAAGCUGAAGGGUGACAUCCUGCUCUUGGAGCAAGAGAACGAAGGACGCAAUGAGCAGAAUAAGAGCCAGCUUGAGGAUCUAGAGUCUGAGUUGCAGACGAAUACCCGUCUGGCCGACUCCCUGGAACAGCAAUGCAGUGUGAUUCAGAUAACAAUGGACCAGCUGAGGACUGCCAUCAAUGUCCUUUUCGAUGAGAUAAUGGACGAACCUGUCAUUGUCACUUUUGACAACAUUGUACACUGCAUUAGCAUCCUUGAGGAGUGCAUUAGCGACCUGCUGAUCCAGGCCAACGAUGUGGACGAUGAGCAGAUGCAGCAGCCUCCUCAGAACCUGCUGCUGGCUCACUUUGACUUGCUACCAGGGCACAGCACUAAGUCUACUUCACGCUCACUAAAGUCUGCCUGAUCCAACAGAUAGUGGCACCUUCACAUGCUUCCUCUUCUCACUGCAGUGAAACAGCCUCUUACCUACAAUA